AAGGCAGGCAGGCAGGCAGGCAGGCAUCCGCCAAUCGCUAUUGUUACUCCGAGUGAGAAGGGCGACCACAUCCUCUCGCAUUGCCAACUCUUUAUAAAAAAAAAAUGCCCUCUCUCUCUCUCUCUCUCUCUUUAUAAUAGGAGCUGGAGCCUUGACCUAAUCAUUAUCAUCAUCAUCUCCCUCACAACCGUAUCCGUACAAUGGCCGUUAAUCCAGAGGAGAAGGCCGAGUACGAGCGCAUCUUCAAGCGCUUCGACGCCAACGGCGACGGCAAAAUCUCCGCGGCGGAGCUCGGCGAAUCCUUGAAGAUGCUAGGCUCCGUAACGCCGGACGAAAUCCAGAGGAUGAUGGCCGAGCUCGAUACCGACGGCGACGGAUUCAUUUCGUUCCAGGAAUUCUUAGAUUUUGCCCUCGACAACAGAGGCCUCGUCAAGGACGUCGGAAAAGUAUUCUGAUCCUCGCCGAUCUCUCUUUCUGUCUCUUUGUUCUACCUCUCUUGGCGCAUUUCUUGUAACAGGAACUGUAUUUAAUAUAUAUUGCCAACACGAGAUCUUGCUUGCAUAAGAAAAUCUUACAACUUUC